AUGAGAAACAGGAAUGUCUGGUGCAUUCUCUGCCAGCUGGUGCUCUCCCUUCAUCACCUAAGCGCCCAUCACGAAGCAUCUAACUUGGAUGCCGAUGACAACACGGAUUGGGCUGGUGUUGGGCUGCCAAAAGAGGAGCGCCCAGUCACAAACGGGAUGCGGCCGCUCAUUGGCACCACAACGCAAGCCACGACACCUUCGUGGGCGUUCUUCAUCCACUCCCACGCGUCUUGUGCUCAGCAUAAAAGGCACUCCAUCACACCCUCACUUUACGCCACAAAUCUUCAACAAGUAAUGGAAACGAAAAGCUAUUCUGAUGAGACUGCAGGCUCAUCUCGGAGCCAGAAGUUCUGCCUAUUACGGGAACAGCACAAACUAAUUGAUCUUCGCAUCACAACAAGUGAUGGGCACUACGUGGAAGCACACCGACUGGUGGUUGCAGCCACCUUCCCAUUUUUGAUGUUACAAUUAACCUUUCAAUGCGGUGAAGUCGCAGUGCAGUGGAGGCGAUUUCCGAAAGAUAUUGUCGAGGCUGCCAUCAAUUACGCAUACACGGGCAGCAUCGCGAUUUCGGCAGCAAAUGUAGCGCGAGUCUACCUGCUGGCACACAACCUCCACUCCGCCACCAUCGUCGAAUGGUGUGUGGAUUUCCUACGAACGAGGACCUCCCUAGACAACGUGGCCGAGGUGUGGUCAGUUGCCAAUGCGACAGUGAAUCGUGAAUUGGUGGACGUGUGUCUUCCACUGAUUACGAGGCAUUUUGAAAAUCUCUGUUUGCGAGGUGAGAUGCUGAUGCAGACAACAGCGGAGUACUUUGAGGUCCUGCUGGAUAGGCAAAGGCAAGGAGGGAUGAGUGAGGAAACCAGGUUAAAGGCGAUUUCCAAAUGGCUCUAUGCAGGGCGCAAGGGGUGUGAUGUGGAGGAAAGGGCAAAGGCAUUUGGCAAGUUGAUUUCCAAGAUUGACUUGUCUAAGCUGCCUCCACCGAGUCAAACUGAGUAUUGGAAAUUUGUGAGGGAGUAUUCCGAAUCUUUUGCUGCAGAGAUGGAACUUGAGUUGAACGAUGACGCUGCAUUCACCACUCCUUCGCGAGGCACCACUUACGCCUCUUUCUUACGGUCUCGCAGGAGACACUUCACCACGUCCUGGAAAGAAGUCAGUCGGCAGAGCAAUCGAGCAGAUACCUCACCCAUCCUCCAACCCCCCACCAAGUUGCAGUCUGUGCCACAGUUGCAACCGGACGAAUCGUUUAAUGUUGAAGUUCCAGACCAUGAUGCAUCGACUGUGCUGAAUGGCAAUUAUUAUGCCUCCAAUUAUUUGAAUGCCGGAAGUACUUUUUGGUCCGUGAAUUACCGAAAUGGCCGCGUUUCCGCAUUCCCUUUCAAAGGGCAGAAACGGUGGUUCUAUUCUGCCGCGGCGAGAAAUGAAUUAAUCUUCAUUUUUGGUGGCGUCUCAGAAGGGGACGAUGUUUCUACUUGCGAAAAAUUGGACACCACCACCGGCGAGUUCACUCGACUCCCAGAUGUGCCAUCACCUCGUCGUAAUGCUUCGGCCUUAAAUAUCCCACACAUCGGAAUCGUCGUUGUUGGUGGCUAUAUUGGAGAAAAUCGUUCCGCUGAAAUGUUGGUAGAAGAUCCUUCGGAUGAGAGCGAAUGGCGAUGGAUUAAGCUCAACCCAAUGCUAGAGGGACGCUUUCGUCCAGGAGUCGCCUACUUCAAGGGAUGCGUGGUGGUUGCUGGAGGCGAUCAUUUGGGAAAGAAGAUCACCAUUGAAUGUCCUCCCCUGACGUCACUUGAACCACCCACAGCUCCUCAGUGGACUCGCCUUCAUGGAGUUGAUAAGCAGUGCACGCCUUUUACAUCGCUUGUCACAUUCGACAACAGAUUGAUAAUGUUAUCAUCCGGUUGGCGUGGGUGCGAUGCGUAUGAAUUUUCGCCCACCGAGGGGGUGAAUGUUGUGCUUCUAGGCAGAAAUGAAGAAGAUUAA